AUGGAAACGCUGCGCAAGUUCUUUGACUCGCUGUGGCAGUACUUUCUUUCGCUGUUUUAUCAAAGAGAGCUCAAAAUUACAAUUGUUGGAUUGCAAAACUCUGGGAAAACGUCACUUGCGAGGGCGUUGCUGUCCAAGCCUUUCGAGCAAGACACAAUACCGACACUAGGGAUGCGGAUGGAGCAAUUCUACAUAGGAACCAACCUGAUACAGCUGUUUGAUUUGGCUGGGCAGCAUCGGUUCCACUACAUGUGGAACCGAUAUUUUGACAGAUCCGAUUUGAUAAUCUAUGUGCUGGACCUUUCUGACAUGACGAAUUGGAACGAGGCCAAACACAAGCUAUGGGACGUUUUAAUUAAAGUGAACGAAAAUGCGACACCGGUUGUAUUGCUUGGCAAUAAGACCGAUCUGGUAGCUCCCUCAGAAGCCUCUGCGGCUGCCAAACGCGCUUUGAAGAAGAGUAAAUCUAAAGGUACCGCAAAGGAACAACCCAUCAUGGAGGAUGUGUAUAUGGCGCCUCUUUUAAGAAACUACGACUACGACGACAUUCCUGUAUUCCAGCUCGAUGAAACAAACCUGUACUUGCUGAGAAAUAUAGAAAUACUCUCGAAAGAGCUAGGAUUGGACUUGAAGAGCAACGUUUUACACACCGACACCACGCAAGUGUCCAUCACCAGCGAACUCGUCAUGUUCCCAAUAAGUUGCAAAAACGGGGAUAACAUACAAGACAUCUUGGAGUGGAUAGCGCAAAUGUGA